UGGCAGCUUGGAUGCCUCCCCUUCUCAUCUUGGCCGCCUUUGCAGUCUUGCCCCAUCAAGCUGAAGGUGUAUGUGUCUUUCGAGGCUCAUCAUUUCAGAACAACACCGUUUGGAAGCCGGAGUCGUGCCGGGAGUGCGGUUGCCAUGGUGACAUUGUAAUAUGCGAGGAUGUCGUUUGCAGAAACCCUCGCUGUGACUUUGGGAAGGGGGAAAGUUUCCAAAUAGCCCCCAACACUUGCUGCCCCAGAUGCGUUUCACGAGCGGAGGGAUUUUGUGAGCAUGAAGGACGAAUCCACGAGCAUGACACUGAAUGGGCUGGCUCCGGAUGUACCACCUGCUCUUGUGCCAGCGGGGAGGUUAUCUGCACCCCCAAGCCUUGCCCUAGACUUCUUUGUGAGAGAAAAGAAGAAGUGGGGCCUGUCCAUCAAGGAGAGUGUUGCCCACGGUGUGUGGGCCGUGGAGAGCCUUGCUCUUUUGACGGCCACACGUUCCGGGACAGUGAGGAGUGGCGCCUCAGCCAGUGUGCCAGAUGCGUCUGUCGGAACGGAACCGUGGAGUGCUUUACGGUGCUUUGCCAGUCUGUAUUGUGUAACGAGGACGAACAUCUGGUUCUUCCUGCUGGAAAAUGCUGCCCGGUUUGUGCUCCCAAACCCUGCCUUGCCUCCGGGAGAGCAUAUGAGCAUGAUGAACAAUGGAAGAAAGAUGUCUGCACAACCUGUAUUUGUGACAGAGGAGAGACCAGGUGUUUGAGGCAGUCCUGCGCACCCCUGACCUGUGAAAAGGGGGAGAAUAAAGUGCGGCGUCCUGGAAAAUGCUGCGAGGAGUGUGUACCUUCCAAGGGGAGCUGUGUACACAACGGCAGCCUCAGCUACCAUGGCGAGAUGUGGAACGGCACACACUGCGAGUUCUGCAUGUGUGACGGAGGGCGAGUCGCUUGCUGGAACGGAGAGUGUGCAAAAGUGCAGUGUGCCCUGGGUGAAGAAUUGGUUCAUUUGGAAGGCAAGUGUUGCCCUGAGUGUAUUUCAAGAGCGGGGCCCUGUGUUUACAAAGAACAUACCAAAGAUGGCGGUGAAAAGUGGAAGGAAGGCCUGUGCCGGGAAUGUGAGUGUCUGGACUCGGAAGUGGUCUGCUACUCCCGCUCUUGUCCCACGUGCCCUUCAGGCAGCGUGGCUGUAGCUGUGUCAGGAGAAUGUUGCCCUCAGUGCAAGCCAGGUCAGUGCCAUUCAGAUUGCUUGAGCUGCUCGCAGUCUUUUGAUCACUGCGACGUCUGUCGUGACACAACCAAGUGGCUGAAGAAUGGGCGCUGUGUGGCCAGCUGUGGCCCUGGAUUCUAUCAGGAUGCUGGCCUUUGCUUAGCUUGCAAGAAGACAUGCUCUUCUUGUUCCGACGGGUUUGCGUGUAAUUCGUGCCAAGGUUCCCUACGGUUGAAGGAUGGCGAGUGCGUAGCAUCAUGCGGGGAAGGGUUCUUCCCGGGACCCCUCCAGUGCACAGCUUGCCAUGAGUCCUGUGCUACUUGCUGGGGCCCAGCUGCAAACAACUGCUCCGCCUGCAAAGACCCGUCUCGUGUGUUGCUGGGAAGUCUCUGUGUGGCUAGCUGUGGCCAGGGCUUCUACAUCAAGGAUGGUGUUUGCAAAGCAUGCUAUGAUACCUGCAAAACAUGCUACCCAGACCGGCCCAGUUGUUUAACCUGCGCUUCAGACAGAGUUUUGCACGGUGGGAACUGCAUGGCAGAAUGUCCCGAAGGCUACUAUACCGAUAGUUCUCAGCGAUGCAGAGCUUGCCACGAUUCCUGCAGCAGCUGCAUUGGGCCGUUGUCUACUCAGUGUACCUCUUGUUCUUUUCCUCUGGCCUUGCGGCAGGGUCAGUGUCUCUUUGCCUGUGGAGAGGGCUUUUACCGGGAUCGUGCCGCCUGCAAAGGUUGCCAUUCAUCUUGCCGUGAGUGUGUUGGCCCAGACCCUUCACACUGUACAUGGUGCUCGAACCCAGAGGAGGCUCUGCAACCAGAAACCGACCUUGAGGGGACCUCAGUUGGUACCUGCCUGCCCCAGUGCAAAGUCCAUUUCUAUCUCAGUAACGAUGGCGUGUGCAAAGAAUGCCACGCCUCCUGCCUGUCCUGUACGGAGAAAUCCUCGGACAACUGCACGGCUUGCAUGCCUCCCCGAGUCCUUCGUGAAGGCCAGUGUCUUUCUGAGUGUCCGGAGGGAUGGUAUCGCCAUGAGGCGCGUUGCCACUCGUGCCAUCCCUCUUGCAAGGCGUGCAGCGGGCCUUCGGAUACCGAAUGUGCAGCCUGUCACCCCCACGCCACGUUUGUCAGCGGGAGAUGUCAGACUGGCUGCAAGGCACAGCAGUACCUAAAUCUGGUGGGAUACUGCGUGGGUUGCCACCCUCUGUGUGCGCAGUGUGUAGCAGAUCUCCAGGAUACUGGGAGCAUCUGCUUGAAAUGCCACAAUCCUCAUCACUUGCUCCUGAGAGAUCACUGUAUGCCUGACUGUCCUGCAGGCUACUACAAGAAUGGCGGAGUGUGUCAAAAAUGUCACCCUGCCUGUAAAGCCUGCGGCGGGGGAGGCCCUUUCUCCUGCACCUCUUGUGACUCCAGCCUGGUCCUUUCUCACACGGGCACCUGCACCUCGGCCUGCUUCCUCGGAUUCUACAGGGAUGAGGACCUGCGUUGCAAACCUUGCAACGGCCCGUGUCUGAGCUGUGAUUCAGGAACCAGCUGUACGUCCUGCAAAGACCCAUCCAAAGUCUUGCUUUUUGGAGAAUGCCAGUAUGACAGCUGCACUCCACAGUACUACCUUGAUUUCUCCACCAAGACCUGCAAAGAGUGCGACUGGAGCUGCAACGCCUGCAGCGGUCCCCAGAGCACCGAUUGCCUGCAGUGCAUGGAGGGAUACGUUCUGCUAGACGGUGCCUGCGUGGAACAUUGCCCGCCAGCUUUUUACAGGGAAUCUGACACAUGCCAAAGAUGCGAUGAUGACCAUUGUCUCCAGUGUCUUGCCCCUGGUGAAUGCACCCACUGUGAUGCCCCAUUCCUCCUCUUGGGAUCGCAAUGCGUCGUGACGUGCGGGAAGCGAUACUAUGCAGAUCAUGGAGAGCUAAAAUGCUCAGCUUGCCCCGAGAGAUGCUUGGAAUGUGACAGAUCAAGUCGGUGCCAGGUUUGUGAUGCCACUGCCUUCCUGCAGGAAGGUCGUUGUGUUUCCGACUGCAGCCAUGGCUCCUAUGCCAACGUCAAGAGCAGGGAGUGUUUACCUGCUGUGCAGGCUCCUAUUCUGAGGGCAAACCGCACACUCCGGGUAGGCAUUGGUGGGGUGACGCCGCUCCGCCUUUCCUUCAUGGAGCUGCAGAGCUCUGGUGGCAACGGAGAAGGCGUCUUGUUCCAUGUGACCGGGCCUCCCACCAACGGCCAGCUAGUGACUGUGGCAGAUGGGAAAGAGAGAGAGCUGAGGCAAGACGACCGGUUCACUGGGGAGGAUGUGAAGGAGCAAAGAGUUCUCUUUGUGCACAAUAAGGAGAAACCCAGGAAUGGGCAAUUUUCUCUAAAGAUCAGCUAUCAACAGUACUUCUCUGAACCAGAAAUGUUCACUGUCCAAGCCUUAUCAACACAGGCCCCCUAUGUGCUAAAGAACGAAGCCCUGUUGGUUGACAGAGGGGGAAACGGAGCCAUAACCAACCUCUUGCUUGAUAUUCGAGACAACGAUAAUCCCUGGGAUGUGAUGGUAGCCAUUUUAGAUCCUCCACGCCAUGGGCGGCUGGCCAAGCUCCUUGGGGACAUACCAUCAGUGAUGCGCACCUUUCAGCUUGAUGACCUUUCGGGGGGCCUUGUGCAUUACCUUCACGAUGGAUCCAGCAGUUUAGAAGACAUGAUGGUCCUGCAAGUGAGCGACGGGUAUCACUUUCAAAACAUACUCUUCCACAUCAGGAUUGCCCCAAAGUCGCCUGUGGAGAGCCAUGAAGUCCCCCGGCUAGUUACCAGCUCUGUGGUGUGGGUCCCAGAGGGAGGGAUGCUGCAAAUCACCAACAGAAUUCUGCGAGCUGAGAUGCCCGGGGUCAGUGAUUCUGCAAUCAUCUAUACGAUUAGACACCAGCCACAAUAUGGUGAAGUGGUGUUCCUGGUCCCCAUGUCUGCAGAUGACCCUGGCCUGGUCUGGCAGCCUUUGCCCGAUGGAAGAGCAGCCUCCCCAGCUGUCUCCUUCACUCAGCAGGACAUCAACGACGGUGUCAUAUGGUAUCGGCACUCCGGAUCCGAGACAGAGAGCGACUCCUUCCGCUUCCAGGUGUCUAGCGCUGCCUCUCCGCAAGCCCACCUGGAGACCCACCUGCUCAGCAUCGCCAUCCUGCCGCACACACUGGGGUCACCCAUCCUCUCCCUUGGAUCUUCUUUCCACAUGACUGCCUUAGAAGAUCGUGUGACCCCAAUAGAGCCACAUCAUCUUUCCUUUGUCAACGCAGAGAGUCCAAGUGGGAAAGUUGUGUACAACGUGACUGUGCCCUUGCCAGCAAAUCAAGGUAUUGUGGAACAUAGGGACAAGCCACUGUCCCCGUUAAAAUACUUUACGCAGGCUGACAUCAACCACGGCCAAAUUGUGUACCAUCCCCCCACUGCAGCCCCACAUAUGAGAGAGAUGAUGGAGUUCUCCUUUGCUGGUCUUCCAGAAUCGGUCAGCUUUCGUUUUACAGUGUCGGAUGGGGAACGUACGAGUCCGGAGAUGGUGUUUACCAUCCACUUGCUCUCCACGGAUGAACAGCCCUCGUUAUUGCAGAUCACCGCUCCAGUCCUCCAGGUCAACCAAGGAGGCACAGCUACCAUCGGAAUACAGUUGACGGUCAGUGAUGUGGACACAGCUCCUGAAGACCUCUUCUUUGAGGUGGUGGAACCUCCGCGCCAUGGAGUUCUCCUCAAGCACAGCUCUGGAUUCCCUACCCACAUGAGCGCAGGCGAUACGUUCACAUACGAGGAGAUCACCCGGAAUGCUUUGCAGUAUAUCCACGAUGGCUCAUCUGUGGCAGAAGACGUGAUGGAGAUUUCAGUAACGGACGGCAUGACCACUGCAACAGCCGUGCUGAAAGUGGAAGUGAGGCAAAUGGACAACAGCGGGCCCAGGCUGGAUCCUGGCUGUUCACUGACCAUCACGGUGGCUGGUAAAAGCUCGGUGAUCAUCACCCGGUCCCAUUUCGCUUAUACCGAUAAUAACUCCCCUGAUUCCGAAAUAAGAAUCCAAUUAAUUUCUCUUCCCAUAUAUGGCACUCUUGUGGGGAUCAUCUCCGGACGACAUUCUGAGGAGUUUUUUGAUAUCUAUAAUUUCACCAUGGAAGACAUCAACAAUCAAAGAAUCAGAUAUUUCACGGAGUUCGAGACCACGGAUCAGCCAGUCACAGACGUUUUCCACUUUGCUGUUUUUGAUGCUGACGGCAACCGGCUUGACAGUCAGAUGUUCACCAUCACAAUCACGGCUGCCCAGAACACGUCUCCCAUCUUCGUUUUUGCCGACCAUAUCACGGUGGAUGAAGGAGGUCGGGUGCCCCUUAGAGCUCACCACACCCUACCCAUUGAGUCUGAUACUGCCCGAGAAGGCCAAGUGGUGAAAAUCAUGACUUUCCCCAAAUAUGGGUAUAUUGAAAACACCAAGACAGGUAGGCGACUCGGCCCUGGAAGCACCACGAGCUCAGACGUGUCAUUCUCGCUCCAAGAUGUUGUGGACAACCAUAUUUAUUACUUUCAAAGUGUCCAUGAAAGUAUUGAACCAUCAAUGGACACAUUUAGCUUUUAUGUCAGCGAUGGCUUCAGCCAAUCAGAAACUAGCAGCGUCAACAUCACGAUUAAGCGUCUGAACGAUGAGCCCCCUGAAAUGCAGUUGGAGCCCAUCCAAGUACAGGACAGCAAAGGGGUAGUGAUCAAAAACUCCUCUUUGAGGAUGAAAGACCUGGACACUCCUGACAACCAGCUGGUCUUCGUCGUGACCCAGAAGCCCACUCAUGGUUAUCUCCGCAAGAGACAGUCUCCCCUGGAGCCCCUGGAGAAUGGGCAGAGACUCUCACAGGGCUCGACCUUCACCUACCAGGAUGUCCUGGAGGAACGGAUCGUUUACACACUGGGCAGUUCCGGAGUCCCGUCCGAUGAGUUCAGGUUUUCACUGUCGGAUGGUGUCUACACACAGACUGGGAAGGUGGAGUUUGCCAUAGCCCUGCCAACAACGGAUCCACCCAGAUUAGUCGUGAACAGGGGCCUGCAACUUUCCGCCGGGUCAGUGGCGGUCAUUACAGACCAGCACUUAAAAGCCACAGACGCUGACUCAGAUGACGAGAUGAUCAGAUACAUCAUGAAGAAAGAUCCCAUCCUUGGAGCUCUGCAGAUGCACAAAAAGGAUUCCUUGGUACAGAUCUCUGCCAAGGGACCAGUCACAAGUUUCACCCAGGCUGAUAUCAACAAAGGACAAGUGGAGUACAGCCAUGAGAAAGGGGAGCAUGGGGGGUCAGCGGCUUUCCUUUUUGAUGUGGCUGACGCGGAAGGAAACAAAAUGUUGGACCAGGCAUUUCCAAUCAGCGUAAUAGAGGAUCGGCUGCCUCCGUCCAUCAUUGUCAACACCGGACUGACCCUGGAUGAAAACUCAGUGAAGAAGAUCACCACCCUCGAGUUGUCAGCCAAGGGACAGGGCAGCGAGCCGAGUGAACUCCUCUACAGGAUCACCAAGCAGCCCCAGCUGGGACACCUGGAGCACGCUGCAUCGCCAGGCAGAAGGAUCAGCUCCUUCAGUCAGGCAGACUUGGUCUCCCGCAGCAUCCAUUACAUCCACACCAGCGAGGCUGAAAAGCAUUCUGACGCGUUUGCCUUCUCCGUUGCUGAUGGCUCAAACGAGGUGAGCCAGGAUUUUGCCAUCGCCAUUAACCCGAUAGACGACUCUUUACCUGUUGUGCAGAGCCCUGGAAUGAGGGUCCAGGAAGGAGUGAAGAAAACCAUCUCGAAGUUCGAGCUUAAAGCCACAGACUCUGACACGGAGGCCAAAUCCAUCACAUUCACCGUUGUGCAACCCCCACGCCAUGGCCUGAUCGAACGUACCAGCGACGGGCAGCGUUACCUCCAGACCCAUGCCUUCACGAUGGAGGACGUCUACCAGAACCGAAUCAGUUACAGUCACGAUGGGAGCAACUCACUGGAGGACCGCUUCACCUUCACGGUGUCUGAUGGAACCAAUCCGUUUUUCGUUGUGGAGGAGGAUGGUAAAGAGAUUGUGACUGCCGUGCCGCAGUGGUUCAGAGUGGAAAUUCUUCCUGUGGAUGAUGGAACCCCAAGAAUUGUCGCAAACCUGGGCCUCCAAUGGCUGGAGUACAUGGAUGGCAAGCCCAAAAACCUGAUUACCAAGAAGGAGCUGUUGACUAUGGAUCCAGAUACAGAAGACAAACAGCUGAUCUAUGAGAUAACUGCCAGGCCGAAACACGGUUACGUGGAGCAGAAGUUGCAGCCCGGAAUAGCGCUGACCACGUUCACGCAAGAGGACGUGAACUUGGGAUUGAUCCAGUAUGUGUUGCAUGAGGAGAGGACUCAAGAGACGGAAGAUAGUUUUCAGUUUCUGGUAAAGGACAGCAAACCCAGUAUGGUCACUGGGAAUACCUUCCAUAUCCAGUGGUCUCUUAUCAGCUUUCAGCACACCAGCUACAACGUGAGUGAAAAGGCCGGCUCCAUCAGUGUCACAGUGAAGAGGAUGGGAAACCUCAAGCAAUACGCGAUUGUUCUGUGCCGUACCGAGCAGGGAACGGCCACCUCCGGCUCUGGUUCACAGCCGGGACAACAGGAUUAUGUCGAGUAUGCAGGCCAGGUGCAGUUCGACGAACAGGAGGACACUAAAUCCUGCACCAUCCUUAUAAAUGAUGACGACGUCUUUGAGAACAUGGAGAGCUUCACCGUGGAGCUGAGCAUGCCAGCCUACGCCUUGCUGGGGGCCGUCACCGAAGCCAAGGUCUUCAUCACCGACGCGGAAGAUGAGCCCGCCCUGCAGUUUGAUAAGAAAGUCUAUCACAUCAGUGAGAGUGCCGGUCUCCUCUCCGCCCCCAUCGAAAGGAAAGGUGACUCUAGCAGCAUUGUAUCUGCAGUUUGCUACACAGUCCCCAAAAGCGCUAAAGGCAGCAGCGCGUACACCUUGGAAUCUGGUUCAGACUUCAAAUCCAGGGGGAUGUCCAACGAGAACCGCAUCGUGCUGGGGCCAGGCGUCACGAUGACGACCUGUGAUGUGAAACUGAUUGAUGACAGCGAGUACGAGGAGGAGGAAGAAUUUGAAAUUGCGCUUGCCGAUGCAUCGGAGAAUGUGCGCAUAGGGAGCAUAGCUUCAGCCAAGGUGAUGAUCAACGGGCCCAACGAUGCCUCAACGGUCUCCCUUGGGACAGCUACUUUCACUGUCAGCGAGGAUGCAGGGAUUAUUGAAAUCCCAGUUACUAGGCACGGACCCGAUCUCUCUACCCCGACCUCCGUGUGGUGUGCCACUCGGACAUCAGAACCGCCAUCUGCUACACCGGGGAUCGAUUACAUACCCAGCUCCAAGAAAGUGGAGUUUCGCCCGGGAAGAACCGAAGAGUACUGCACCCUGACAAUCCUGGAUGAUGCACAGUACCCUGUGAUCGAAGGGGUAGAAACCUUUGUUGUGUACUUGAGUUCGCCCCAAGGAGCUGAGCUGGCCAAGCCUUUCCAAGCAGUGGUGGCCAUUAAUGACACGUUCCAGGAUGUGCCACACAUGAAAUUUAGUAAAGAUGUGUACCCUGCGAAAGAGAAAGAUGCUAUUCUGCAUGUACCUAUCAUCCGUACUGGAGACUUAAGCUAUGAGUCCUCGGUCAGGUGUUACACCCAGAGUCAGACGGCAAGAGUCAUGGAGGACUUUGAGGAAAGGAGAAACGCUGAGGAGUCGCGUGUCACUUUUCUGAAAGGGGAGAAGGUGAAGAACUGCACCAUCUUUAUUAAUGAUGACUCUGCAUUUGAGCCGGAGGAGAAAUUCCAGAUAUAUCUGAGCAACCCCCUUGGAAACCACUGGAGUGGGGCUACUGUUGGGAAGAACAAUAUGGCCACCGUUAUCAUCUCCAACGAUGAAGAUGCACCCACCAUCGAGUUCGAAGAGGCUGCCUACCAGGUCCGGGAGCCUCCCGGGCCGGAGGGUGUGGCUUUCUUGAACGUCAAGGUGAUCCGGCGAGGGGACCAGAACAGGACCUCCAAAGUUCGCUGCAGCACCCGUGAUGGCUCAGCGCAGUCUGGAAUCGAUUACUAUCCAAAGAGCCGAGUUCUCAAGUUUAACCCCGGUGUGGACCACCUUGUCUUUAAGGUGGAGAUUAUGUCCAACGAAGACCGGGAAUGGCAUGAGUCCUUUUCUCUGGUGUUAGGGCCAGAUGAUCCCGUUGAAGCUGUCCUGGGAGAGAUCACCACUACAAUUGUCACCAUUCUGGACCAAGAAGCAGCCGGAAGCCUCAUUUUACCAGCUCCUCCUGUUGUCGUCGCGCUGUCAGAGUACGACCAUGUAGAAGAAGAAACCAAAGAAGGUGCUAAGAAGUCCCCCUCUCCAGGCUACCCACUGGUCUGCGUGACUCCUUGCGAUCCUCACUUCCCCAAGUAUUCGGUCAUGAAGGAGCGCUGCAGCGAGGCCGGCAUCAACCAGUCCUCCAUACAGUUCAGCUGGGAGGUGGCCACCCCCACCGACGGAAACGGAGCCCGGUCCCCCUUUGAAACCAUUACGGACAACACUCCUUUCACCAGCGUCAAUCACAGGGUGCUGGACAGCAUUUACUUCAGCCGGCGAUUCCACGUGCGUUGCGUGGCCAAAGCCGUGGACAAGGUCGGCCACGCAGGCACCCCACUGAGGAGCAAUAUAGUCACUAUUGGGACUGACAGCGCCAUCUGCCACACGCCGGUGGUAGCCGGAACAGCCCGGGGCUUCCAAGCACAGUCAUUCAUUGCCACUUUGAAGUAUCUGGAUGUCAAACACAAGGAACACCCCAACAGGAUCCACAUCUCCGUGCAGAUUCCACACCAGGACGGGAUGCUCCCCCUCAUCUCCACCAUGCCUCUGCACAACCUGCAUUUCCUAUUGUCGGAGUCCAUCUACAGGCACCAGCACGUCUGCUCCAACCUCGUCAGCAUCCAGGACCUUAAAGGCAUCUCAGAAGCCGGAUUCUUAGACGAAGUGACCUACAACAGCAUUGUCCUGGGGCCUGGCUAUGAUCGGCCGCACCAGUUCGAUCCCAGCGUGAGAGAGCCCAAGACCAUCCAACUUUACAAGCAUCUGAACCUGAAGAGCUGCAUUUGGACUUUUGAUGCUUACUAUGACAUGACAGAAUUGAUUGACGUCUGCGGCGGGUCAGUCACUGCUGACUUCCAGGUCCGGGAUUCGGCUCAGUCCUUCCUGACGGUCCAUGUCCCGCUCUAUGUCUCCUACAUUUACGUGACCGCGCCCAGAGGGUGGGCUUCUCUUGAACAUCACACUGAGAUGGAGUUUUCUUUCUUCUAUGACACCGUUCUCUGGAGAACAGGUAUUCAGACAGACAGCGUCCUUUCCGCUAGGCUGCAGAUCAUACGGAUUUACAUCCGAGAGGAUGGCCGGCUGGUCAUUGAAUUCAAGACCCACGCCAAGUUCAGAGGACAUUUUGUGAUGGAACACCACACCUUGCCUGAUGCCAAGUCUUUCAUCAUGACUCCGGAUCACCUGGGAGGGAUCGAGUUUGGCCUGCAGCUUUUAUGGAGCGGCCAAACCUUUGACUCUCCUUAUCAGCUCUGGAGAGCGACCAGCUCAUAUAGCCGGAAGGACUACUCAGGAGAAUACACCAUCUACUUAAUACCGUGUACAGUGCAGCCCACACAGUCAUGGGUUGAUCCGGGAGACAAACCUUUGCCCUGCACCGCCCAUGCUCCGGAAAAAUUUUUGAUCCCGAUUGCAUUUCAGCAAACCAACCGGCCGGUUCCCGUGGUGUAUUCCCUGAACACCGAGUUUCAGCUCUGCAACAACGAGAAAGUCUUUCUGAUGGACCCGACCACAUCAGAAAUGUCAAUGGCGGAGAUGGACUACAAAGGAGCUUUUUCAAAGGGUCAAAUCCUGUACGGCCGGGUGAUGUGGAAUCCCGAACAAAACCUCAACUCUGCCUACAAACUGCAGCUGGAAAAAGUAUAUCUCUGCACCGGGAAGGAUGGCUACGUGCCGUUCUUUGACCCGACUGGGACCAUAUAUAACGAGGGGGCCCAGUACGGCUGCAUCCAACCCAGCAAGCACCUGAAGCACAGAUUUCUACUGCUGGACCGGAAUCAACCAGAAGUGACAGAUAAAUAUUUCCAUGACGUACCUUUCGAUGCCUGCUUUGCCUCCGAGUUAGCAGAUUUCCACCUGGUUAGCAACAUGCCUGGAGUAGAUGGCUUCAUCAUGAAAGUGGAUGCACUCUAUAAGGUGGAAACUGGGCACCAGUGGUACCUUCAGGUGAUCUACGUCAUUGGCCCCGAAAGCAUUGCAGGGCCCCGAGUGCCACGUUCUCUUGUUCACCAGCUGAAACGAAGCCGCCGGGAUCUUGCGGACCACCGGGCCGGCCUGAUUCUGGAUGACUCCUUGAUCUACGACAACGAAGGCGAUCAAGUCAAGAACGGCACUAACAUGAAGUCCCUCCACCUGGAGCGGCAAGAGGCGGUGGCCGCGGCUUCCCUGUCGCAAACGGGGGCGUCCAUCGGCAGCGCCUUUGCGGCCAUCAUGCUCCUGCUGCUCCUGCUGCUGGUCUUCUGUUUUGUGACCCGGAAGUGUCAGAAACACCGGAAAAAGAAAAAGGCAGCCAAAGACGUCGUGGAGCAGUACCCGCUCAACACCAAAGUGGAGGCGGCCAAGAGGAACUCGGAGAGGGUGGAGAAGAACGUAAACAGACAGUACUGCACUGUGAAGAACCUCAACAUCCUCUGCGAAAACGAAGGCACCUUCAAGGCCAAGGGAGCAAAGGUCAAGCAAGUGAACUUAGAGGUGAAAGUUCACAACAAUUUACACGACGGGACGGAAGUUUAACGCCACGCACACUUUUCUUGUCUUUGUUUUGGUAACACAGCUUUUUAUAAAUUGUAAAAAGGAAAAAAAGAGCGAGAGAGAGAGAGAAAGAGAGAAACUUCUAUAAUUUUUUUUUUAAGAAAAAAACACAUCCUGGUAUUUUUAUAACGAUCUCGUGGGAAAAGGGAAGAGCGAAACCUUUUUCGCGUUUGUGUGCUUGAGCG